CUCUCCCCUUCCUUCCCUCUAUCUAGAUUUAGAUCAUCCGUAAAGUUUCCCCUGUCCAAAUCCAUCAAAACCCACGUCGAUUCUCCGCAAAUCUUCAUUACCCAAGUCUCGUAAUCGCAAAACUCUCUUCUUUACAUGCCUAUAAAGAUCAAAAGGCUAUCAGGUAAAUACAGAGACAUGGACGUGAAUCUCUUGUGUUUUUCUUUGUUGAUGGGAACAUGCAGUUGUGUGGGUUAACAUACGUGGGUGGAGGGAGCUAAAGUGAGUAGAGAAGAAGGGAUUUCUGAGAUAAAGAGAUGGCGAAUCAGUUGGUGAAAGUGAAGAGAGAAACGAUGGCAGCGUGCAUGACAUGUCCUCUCUGUGAUAAGUUACUGAGAGAUGCCACCACCAUAUCUGAAUGUCUUCACACGUUCUGCAGGAAGUGCAUAUAUCAGAAGAUAUCUGACGAGGGAGUAGAUUGCUGUCCCAUAUGCUAUAUCCAUCUUGGCUGUGUACCAUUGGAAAAAUUAAGGCCAGACCACAAUUUGCAAGAUGUAAGGGCCAAGAUUUUCCCAUUCAAAAGAAGGAAGGUAGAGGCACCUGACGUCACCCCCUCAGUUGUAUUACCUGUUAGAAGGAAGGAAAGAUCACUUUCAUCAUUGGUGGUCAGCACUCCCAAAGUAUCAACACAGAUUACGACGACUGGAAGAAGAACAAAACCUGUUCCAAGAAAGGCUACUGCCUUACGAGGUUCCAGUUUUCCUAUUGAGAAACGCAUUAAAAAGCAGGAAGAUGCAGCCGAAGACCACUUAGAGAACUCAAGUUCUCCUGAAACCAUAAAUAAGUUUAGUCAGAAUCCAAGACAGAAUUCUUCCUCUGCUGAGGCUAGCCAACCUGCUUCCAAUAAUGAAGCAGAUAAUGGUGCUGAAUCAUGGGAUGGGAAAUCAGAUCUCUGGCAACCAUUGAAUUGUUUAGUGGAAGUUGCAAAUAGGACCAAGUCUUUCAAACCUACUUCACAAGUUUCCGAUGCUAAACUGGAAUCUACUCAUGAUCCUGACAAUGAACCUCAUGUGCGUAAAACCAAAUUUAGGGAAAACAAAGACAAAGUAAAAGUAGAGGAUGAGAAUAAUAACAAUGAUUCUGUGCCUUCAGAGUCAACUGGACCCAAAAGGUUGCGCAGGAUUCGUCGAAAAAAGGCUUCUAAUUUUGGAUAUCUGGGCAUUUCCUCCCAAGCUGUUCUGGAUGCUGCCAGUGCAAAGCAUGAGAGAAGAGCUGGUCCAGUUUGGUUUUCACUAGUAGCUUCUGAGGACCAGGAAGGAGAUGCACCCCUGCCACAAAUUCCUGCAAAUUACUUGAGAAUAAAGGAUGGAAAUUUACCUGUUUCUUUUAUCCAGAAGUACCUGAUGAAGAAAUUUGACCUUGCUAGUGAAGCUGAGGUUGAGAUUAGAUGUAUGGGACAACCGGUAGUCCCCACAUUAUUGUUGUACAAUUUAGUGGAUCUAUGGAUACAGACAGCAUCAACAUUAGAACGAGUACCAGCAUCCAUUGGCUCCUCAGCAAAGGAUUUUGUAAUGGCGCUAAUGUAUGCUCGAAAGGUCCCGCACCCUGAAUGAUGCUUCUUUGCCAUCUUUCUGCCCCUCAUAUCUUCACUAAUGAUGUGCUUUGAACCUCAUUGGUAAGGAAACAACAGAUUUAUCUGGAGUGUAUAUUACAAACACGCAUUCCAUAUUUCCUCUACAGUAUUUGCAGCAAGCACAUUGCAAACCAUAGGAUUGCAGCAGAUAGAAAGAAUGAAUGCUCUACUCUCUGGCAUUUACAAUCAUCUUAGAUGUGUAAGUGCUUGGAUGUCGAGGUUUAUUGCAUUACUAGAGACCAUCUUACGAGAAAUACUUGGGUUGUAAUUAACACAGUUUUCUCGUACUGCUAUUUAAUGUAACAGUCGACUUAGAUACUAAAAAGUGUAACUCUUGCAGUAAUUAAUUAGAAACUACGUUGGAUGUACUGUUCAUGAUAUGAAAUUCCAUGUGUCCAGCCUGAAUUUCGGUUUCGCAGGCUCUUGUUGAAU